AUGUCUCACUUCCAGGAAAUGAUGCGGCAACAGCUGGAGAGCUCCAUACACUGCGAGAUGGAGAAGUUGCUGGACACCGCAGCGGGCGUGGAAAGAGAGGCGUGCAAAAAAGACUUUGAAGGCUUCAGGAGUCUCUUCCACAGAUUCCUGCAAGUGAAGGGUCCGUCGGUGGAGUGGAUCAAGAUACAGCGACCGCCGGAGGACUCAAUCCAACCAUAUGACAAGAUUGCGGCACGAGGCCUGCCAGAGGGCGUUGCUGACAGCCUGAACAAGCUGGUGGUGGUGAAGCUGAACGGGGGUCUCGGUACCAGCAUGGGCUGCAAGGGUCCCAAGAGUCUGAUCAGUGUCCGCAACGAGAACACCUUUCUGGACCUUACAGUGCAGCAGAUAGAGCAUCUCAACAAGACGUACAACACCGACGUUCCACUGGUGCUCAUGAACUCGUUCAACACGGAUGAAGACACCAAGAAGAUUCUGCAGAAGUACUCGCACCACCGCGUCAAGAUCCACACCUUCAACCAGAGCAGGUAUCCUCGCAUCAACAAAGAGUCGCUGCUGCCUGUGUCCACCAGCCUGAGUACGGCAGGCCAAAACGCCGAAGGCUGGUACCCGCCGGGCCAUGGCGACAUCUACGCCAGCUUCUACAACUCGGGCUUGCUGGAGCAGCUGAUUGCCGAUGGCAAAGAGUACAUCUUUGUGUCCAACAUUGACAACCUGGGCGCCACCGUCGACCUCCACAUCCUCAAUCACCUCGUGGGGCGGCACAAUGGAAAACGAUGCGAAUUUAUCAUGGAAGUGACGGACAAGACGCGCGCUGACGUCAAGGGUGGCACGCUGAUCGAGUACGAGGGCAAACUGCGUCUGCUGGAGAUCGCUCAGGUGCCCAAAGCGCACGUGGAUGAGUUCAAGUCAGUGUCCAAGUUCAAGAUCUUCAACACCAACAACCUUUGGAUCUCGCUGGCCGCCAUCAAGAGGCUGCAGGAGCAGAAGGCCAUGGACAUGGAGAUCAUCGUCAAUACCAAGACGCUGGAUGGAGGUCAGAAUGUGAUCCAACUGGAGACAGCGGUGGGUGCCGCCAUCAAGUGCUUUGACAACGCCAUGGGCAUCAACGUUCCCCGUAGCCGCUUCCUGCCAGUUAAAACCACCUCGGACCUCCUGCUGGUCAUGUCCAACCUGUACAGCCUUCAUGCCGGAUCUCUCACUAUGAGCCCCCGUAGGGAGUUCCCCACCACUCCACAUGUGAAGUUGGGGAGCUCCUUCACCAAGGUGCAGGAGUAUCUGACGCGCUUCGAGAGCAUCCCCGACAUGCUGGAGUUGGACCACCUGACUGUGUCCGGAGACGUCACCUUCGGCAAGAACGUCUCACUCAAGGGUACGGUGAUAAUUAUCGCUAACCACGGCGACCGCAUUGACAUACCUGCCGGUUCCAUGUUGGAGAACAAGAUUGUUUCGGGGAACCUGCGCAUCCUGGACCACUGA